GUUGAAGAAGAUGCUUUAGGUUUGGACCAAACAAUUAAGAUUCAUAAAUCACAUAAAAUUGCCAAAAUCGAUAAUGAUAGACUCUUGAAUAAACCAACUGGGUUGAAAUAUAUAAUCAAAAAUCAUCCAAAGUUAAUUAAAAAUUUGAAAAAUAGAGACUCUAGAUUCAAUAAGAAGAUUCAGAAAACUAAAUUCAGUUCGAGUCAAUUGAAAAACUUGAAAUUACAACAAUCCUACGAUAAUUUAGAAUUAGUAUUACAUUUUUAUCAAUUAUGGUGUCAUUCGCUAUUCCCAAAAGCUAAUUUUAAAGAUUGUAUACAAUUAUUGAGAAAUUUUGGCAGUGGUCCAAAUGCUGCUAGUUUGAAGAUUUAUAGAAAGGGCUUAAUUGAAAAAGAAAUUAAUGAUUAUAAAAGAGCAAAUGGUAUAAUUGUUCAUUCGAAUGAAAAAUCAGAUAAUCAAGAUUUAUUUGAUCAUAUUAAUAAACAGAUUGAUGAUGAUGAUGAAUUAUACGCUGAUCCAGAACAACCAAAU